GAAUUUUCGCAACACUAAUCAGAGGCCAGUAGCAGACAGACUGCAGACAAACAAAGACAUCAACAUUACGAUAACAUGAAGGUGUUGAACAAAGACGAACUGAAGGUCGCUGAAGCAGUUCUUCUGAAUCACUUUCCCAGGAGUAUAAAGGUUUACGGUUUCCUUCACGGUAUCAACAGAAACAAACCGAGCAUCCUGGAGGUGCUCGUUGAUACCUGGCCGGAUUUCAAGGUCAUCAUUUGCAGACCUGACCCCAAAAACCGGCGAGCCCUGCAGUUCAUGAAGAAGGUGACGUACUACAGCAUGGACGAACAGAUUCUGAGGAAAAUGCUGACGGAAGAGAACGCAGUAGACUGGAGCACUUACUUCCUUAUUGGAGGAUUUGACUUUUCCCACGCCCCCAUGCUCAAAGAAGUGGCUGCAGAGAGAGAAGUCAACCACAAGUUCUACACUUUGGUGCAUCUGAUGUAUUUACCGGACAUCGGCAGUCUGCUCGCACCUGAAGUCGACAGGGAGCUUGAAGCGAGGGUUUCCCCCCUCGCCCCCUCUCAUGCUGAGCUGGUGAAUCAGAACUGGAAGUUUGGAGGGAGCGAGCAGGGCUUCAGGAACAUUCAAAACCUCAUCAGCUCCUUCCCUUCAUGCUGCAUCACAGACGGCCAGGGUCAGCCCGUGUCCUGGAUCCUGAUGUAUGAUUACUGUGCCAUGGGCAUUCUGUACACGCUGCCGGGGCACAGAGGGAAAGGUUAUGCCAAAGUCCUGAUCUGCAGCAUGGCGAGGAGGCUCCACGCUGAGGGGUACCCGGUGUACUGCUUCAUCGAGGAGGAGAACACGCUCUCCCACAGGCUAUUUACAAAGCUGGGCUUCACUGAGGCGCCCUCAUACAGGGCUGCAUGGUUUGAGUUCAACUUUUGAUGAUGUUAUUGUUAAGAUCUGUGAGGGAAUUUUGACAAAACAAAACAAAAGCCUUUUUCACAUCUGCACUUCACAUCUGUGUAUUAAAGUUCAGUAUGAGCCUGACUGUCAGAAGAGAACUACUGUAAUGUCGUCUUUCCAUGCUGCAUGUAGUAAAAAGGUUUUUGACUCAUAA